UACGCAGCUGUCUCCCGACGUGUACGUUACGUGUUGGCGCCGUGGCGCUGUAGCGGUGAAAAUCUGUAACUCUCUGUAAAAUACUGCGAAACUGUUGCAAAAAAAAAAAGAAACGUAUUUUAACAUCAAUUUAACGCCUUGCUAAGCAAACGAGUUGAACUGAGCUGAGCCAAGCUGAGCUGAGCAGAUUAAAACGACGAAAACCCUAAAGAGAUAAAAACGGAAAAACGGCCAAGCACAGCAAAGUGAGAGCGGGAGAGAUGCCUUAUCAGCCAGCGGGCAGUAACGGCAGCGGCGGCGGCGUCAGCAGCGCCAGCAGCAAAGCUGCUGCAAAAAUGUCGCAGCUCAAGUUCUGGAACAAGCAGAACAGCAGCAAGCAGCAGGACAAGCAACUGCAACAGCUACAAGACUCAUCCGACGGCUGCGAUGCGAACGGCAACGGCAGCGGCGGCAACAACAGCGCCAGCAACGGCAGCGGCAGCGGCGGCAACUCCAAGGGCGACUCGAAGAGCGGCAAACGCAAUUGGCUGCACACGCCGGAGCAGCUCAUCAAUGGACAUGCGGUCUAUCUAGUCAAGUUCUUUGGUAACCUGAGCGUGGACCAACCCAAAGGCAUCGAAGUGGUCAAGGAUGCAAUACGUAAAUUACAAUUCGCCCAGCAAAUGAAGAAGGCGGAAACGGGAACACAGGAGAAAUUUAAGAAACUGGAGAUUACGAUUAGCAUCAAGGGCGUGGCCAUACAGGAGCCGCGCACACACAAAAUACUUCAUCAGUUUCCGCUGUACAACAUCUCGUACUGUGCGGACGAGAAGGGCGUGAAAAAGUUCUUUAGCUUCAUUGCCAAGACAAUCAAGACGAAAGAUAAUGGCGCAACAGACAUAAACGGCUACAAUUCGAAUGGCAACGCGAAGCCGGAGGAGACGCACGAAUGCUUUGUCUUCAUAUCAAACAAAUUGGCCUCGGACAUUACGUUGACCAUUGGCCAGGCCUUCGAUUUAGCCUACAGAAAAUUCAUGGACAGCAAUGAGAAGACAAAUCUACACAAGGCGCAGCAACAAAUUGCGCAUCUGCAGCAGACAAUUUCGAUAUACAAAGAGCGACUGCGCGAACUGUCGAACAAAUUGCCAAAGGGCGAGCUGGAUGCAAUGCUCUAUAAGCUGGGCGUCAAGGAUAUUGUCGAGGUGCCCAGCCAGGAGCUGAAUGGCACCGAACAGCUGAGCAAUGGCAAGCUGGAUGAGGACAAGCUGCUGAUUGAUACCAAUUCGAUGACCGCCUCCUCGACACAUUCGUCGUCCCCCAAUUCGUUCUUGCCAAUUGUGCCGCCGCGGAGCAAUCUGUCCAGCCAGAUGAGCAGCAGCAGCAGCGGCGGUGGUGGCAAGAGCAAUAGCCAGAAAAUGGACGAGCUGCUCUUGAAUUCGGAUUCGGAUAGUGAUUUCGAUCCACGUGCCGAUGAGAUACAGGAUAAUCUGAGCAAUGGACGUAAUGCCAUUAGCAACGAUCUGUUUGGCUUUGAGCCAUCCAAGAGCUUUGGCCAGCAGCUUUUCUUCAACAACAACAACAACAACAACAGUAGCCUAAAUAACAACAACAGCAGCCUAAAUAACAACAACAACAACAACAGCAUCAACAGCAGCGGCUUCUCCAGCGAGCUGAACAUCACGCCACCUCUAUUGGCACCGCCGCCAAAGAUUGCGGCACCACGUCGCAGCACCUCGGUGUCCAAUAGCGGCAACAAUGGCUUGAAUGGCAAUACGGAUCUGUUUGGCUCCGAUCCAUUCGAAAUGAACAACGGACCCAGCGUGUUCAAGAGUCAACUUAACAUUGAUGACUUCUCAUUGGAGAGUUUGGAUCCGUUGCGCAAGUGAAGGAGAAAGAGGAAGGGGAAGAGGAAGAGGAAGAGCGGCGGCAGCAGUAGAUCGAAAGCGGUGCUAACUACGCCAUUUGCUGCAAUAUCGAUCGAUCCGAAUGAAAAGUUGUGUUACUAUAUAUAUGAGCGUAUACAGUUUAUAGCUAUUUAUAGCCUAUUUGCAAUUUACAUAUAUAUAUAUAUAGAGAUAUUUAUAUAUGUAUAUAUAUUUGCCUGCUGCGUAAGGAGAAAUUGUUCGUUGAGAUAUUUUUUGAGUUUCGCGCUUGAUUUAUAAAUAUAUGUGUAUUAUUGUUUAUAUAAUUUUAUAUUGCAUAUUAUGUAUGAUUAUUAAAUAUAUAUAUAUAUAUGAGUCUAUACAUAUAUAUAUAUAUAUAUUAUAUUAUAUUAUCGAAUCCAAUGCACUUUGUUUAAACGAAUCAAUUGUUGCUCUAGUUAAAUAGUUUAAAUCAAUGUCAAAUGCCGAGCAAAAUAAAUAACGAAAUCUCGUGAUAAUGUGCAAAAGCUAAACAAACUAAAUGUGAGAAUUUUGUAUAAAAUAAUUGUAAACAAAAAGGAAAACUAAAUGAAUAUUAUUAUAAUCUAACAGAUA